CAUUUUUAGAUUAUGGUAAAACUCUGCGUUCUUUGUUCGAAAAACCGAGCUGUUCUCAAGCGACCUAAAACAGCACAACAGAUCUGCCAGGAUUGCUUUUACUAUGUAUUCGAGACGGAAAUUCAUAACACUAUUACCGAUGCAAAACUAUUCAAACGAGGUGAUAAUGUUGCUAUUGGUGCCAGUGGUGGCAAAGAUUCUACUGUAUUAGCCCAUGUCAUGAAAACAUUGAAUGAUCGAUAUGACUAUGGCCUUAAUAUGUUUUUACUUUCUGUAGACGAAGGGAUCACUGGUUAUCGGGACGACUCACUGGAAACUGUUAAACGAAAUCAACAACAAUACGACUUACCACUCAAAAUUGUAUCUUAUCAGCAACUAUAUGGCUGGACCAUGGAUGAAAUUGUGAAAGAAGUAGGAUUGAAGAAUAAUUGUACAUACUGUGGGGUGUUUCGACGACAGGCAUUGGAUCGUGGAUCAGUAAUGUUAGGUGUAGAUCAUAUUGUUACUGGUCAUAAUGCUGAUGAUAUUGCAGAAACCAUUUUGAUGAAUAUUUUCCGUGGUGAUGUUGCUCGAUUAGGUAGAUGUACUGAAAUUGUUACUCAAGGAGAAAGCAUGAUUCGACGAUCCAAACCAUUCAAAUAUACUUAUGAAAAAGAAAUUGUUAUGUAUGCUUAUUUCAAGAAACUGGAUUACUUCUCAACCGAAUGUAUCUAUUCUCCUAAUGCUUAUCGUGGUCAUGCUCGUACUUUUUUGAAAGAUUUGGAAGCCAUUCGACCAAGUGCUAUCAUAGACAUUAUUCAUUCAGGGGAAGCUUUUGAAAUCAAGACUGGAAUCAAGAUGCCUACUCAAAAGACUUGCGAACGAUGCGGAUAUAUGUCUUCCAAUGAUGUAUGCAAAGCUUGUGUUCUUUUGGAAGGAUUAAAUCGAGGUUUACCCCAAUUGGGAAUUGGCAAGGAAUCAAAAGUGCGAAAACAAAUAGCGGAAUCGAAUCAACCAGAUCAACCUUUACCAACUAUUCAACAUUUCUCCACAAUCAAGCGUGACAAUGCUAGUCCCGACAUGAUUCUACCCAAAGAUCCUGCUCUUGUUCAUACCCCACCUCCACGUGUUCCCACUGGUAUUAUUGAUGAUCAACAGAAACCUACAGGAAAGAAAGAUUUAUCUUGGUGAAUGAACUUGAUUUUGUUGAAUACAUAUAUAUGUAUAUAUAUUAGAAUUUAAAAAAUAUCUGUAUUAUUUUUUGAAUAAAAGUUUUCUUUUUUUUUUCGAUCA